GGGGCGUCCCGGGGGCCACGCGUGGCCGGGGUGCCACCAUGAGGAUCGAGAGGUCGGGGAAAGCCACGGCGGGAACGGGCUCAGCUGUCCCCGCAGGGCACGGGGCCCCCGCGGGGCAGCGCGGCCGCCCCCAGCUCAACCCCGAGCGGCUGAAGCAGGUCAGGCUCCACGUGGAGAGGGCCGUCAAGGCCAAGAAGAUCUUCGCGCUGCAGGGCCCCUACCCCGUGAUCCGCCGCCUGCUGCGGGCGCGGGGCUGGGUGGAGAGGAAGGAGCCGGGCGCGGGCAGGGCGGGCGGCCCCCGGCAGGAGCAGGGAGGUGGCGGCAGCGAGGCCGCGCAGGGUGCCGGGACCCACCGCGGGGUGCAGGGGACCCCCGAGUCCUCGUGCUCCUCGUGGCUGCCUGGUGAGGAAGAGGAGGAGGAGGAGCAGGAGGAUGAGGAGGACCCCGAAGGCAUCCACGACCUCAUGUCCCGCCUGGUGCGGGACCAGGUGCCCUACUUCAUCUGGACCACCCGCUGCAGCGCCGUGGAGGGCCGCGUCCUGCAGCCCGACCAGGUGGUGAACCACUACGCCCGGGUGGGCUCCUUCACCACCAAGGAGGGGCUGUGCCUCACCCUGCGGAACCUGCCCUGGUUCGACCAAGCCGACCCCGACACCUUCUUCCCCCGCUGCUACCGGCUGGGCGCGGCGGACGAGCGCCAGGCCUUCAUCGAGGAUUUCCGCCUCACCGCCGCGCGCAGCCUGCUCAAAGUGGCCCUGGAAAGGGCUCAGGACGUGCACGCGGGGCCGGAUCCGUCCCCAAACUCCACCGAGGCACCAGAGUUGGGUGCCCAGCUGGUGGAGGAGGCGCUGCGGGUGUGCGGGCAGCACCUGGGCAGCCUCACCCACCAGGACAUCGACGGCGACCCCCAGCCCCCCGGCGCCACGGCCGCCAGCUGGGACGGCUUCCUGCGGGGCUACUACCGCGCCGUGCACGAGGGGGCCGUGCCGCGGCUGAGCGCGGCGCAGCGGGAGCGGGGCCAGAGCCUGCUGCAGCGCCUGGCGGGGCGGCUGCCCCAGCUGCGCAUGGAGGGCGACCGCAACGUCUGGAUCCUCAAACCCGGAGCCGCGUCCCGGGGGAGAGGCAUCACGUGCGCGGCGCGCCUGGACGAGGUGCUGCGGCUGGCGGGCCGGGAGGGCCGCUGGGUGGUGCAGAAAUACGUGGAGCGCCCGCUGCUCAUCUUCGGCACCAAGUUCGACGUCCGCCAGUGGUUCCUGGUGACCGACUGGAACCCGCUCACCGUCUGGUUCUACCGCCACAGCUACCUGCGCUUCUGCUCGCAGCCCUUCUCCCUGCGCCGCCUGGACGCCGCCGUCCACCUCUGCAACCAGGCCGUCCAGCAGCGCUGCGGGCCCGCGGGGGCCCGGCACCCCCGGCUGCCCCCCGACAAGACGUGGUCGUGCCGGCAGCUGCAGGCGUACCUGGCGCAGCGCGGGCAGGCGGCCGCCUGGGCCGAGGUGAUGGUGCCGGGCAUGAAGGCGGCGGUGGUGCGGGCGGUGCGCUGCUCGCAGGGGCUGGUGCGGGGCCGCAAGGGCAGCUUCGAGCUCUACGGGGCCGAUUUUAUUUUCGGGGAGGAUUUCCGCCCCUGGCUGCUGGAGAUCAACGCCAGCCCCACCAUGGCCGGCAGCACGGCGGUGACGGGCCGGCUGUGCGCCGGGGUGCAGCGGGACACGCUGCGCGUCGUCAUCGACCGCAGGGACGACCCCAACUGCUCCACGGGGGGCUUCGAGCUCAUCUACAAGCAGGCGGCCGUGCCCACCCCUCCCUACCUGGGGCUGAAGCUGGCGGUGGAGGGCUGCUCGCUCCAGAGACCCCGCCGCGCUCCCAAGCCCCCCGGCACCGUGGGGAGCGCCCUGGGGAAGCCGUGGAGCCGCUCGUGCCCCCCCCUGCCCCCCCCACCCUGCUCCCCGGCAGCAGGGGGGGGGGCGCAGGAUGGAGCCG